CUGCAGCUGUGCGCACUCCCGACACGCUGAGGAAUGCUGUGCGAAGAGGAGACACGCGCCAUGUUUGAGGUUCAGGUGAACGACUGUCUUCUUCAUGGAGAUGCUCCUCGCCUGGUUUCUCUGCUUCGUUAUGAAGGACUGAGCAGCUUCACCCUCACCAGACUGGACCAGUUGGUUACCACGAACCUGUGUGGAUCCGGUCCCAGCACUGUUCUAGUUGUGCUGAAGUCUUUGGGGAUUGUGUCGGAGAACAGAGCAGACCUUCAGAUGCUCAUCAGCAACGGACUGACAGCUAAAGUGGUGGCGUGGUUCGAAGCCGUUCGUGACCUGCUGACCUCUGACCUUCACAGAGGCUCCGCCCCCCUGCUCAGCCUUUCUGAGGAGUUCUUUGACUACUUCCUGAUCCUGGGUCAAGCUUCUCUUCCAGUCAGUCAGCUGUCUGUGGUCCUGCUUCAGUUGGCUCAGUUCACUCUACAGACUAACAUUUACUUCUCUCUGAGACUGGAGGCGAUCCGAACCUUCAACAGCAUCCUGGAGUCUCUGAGCCGGGACCAGAGGAGACUGAUCCAGAACAACCAGAACCAGAUCCAGAUACUGUAUCAGGUGGCAGCAGCCGUUCUCACAGUUGGAGACUACGAGCUGCAGGUCAGCCUAUCAGAGGCUCUGUGUCGUCUGACUCCACGCAGAGACCGCAAGCAGAGAGCCAAUCAGUGGUUCUCCAGCCAUGACAUCAGCAAUGCCUUCUGUGACAUCAGAGACGCAGACUUUGAGGUGGACUGCAGGCGUUUCCUAAACUUUGUUAACCGUUACCAUGGAGACCACAAGAGGGUCUACACCUUCCCCUGCAUGCGAGCCUUUCUUAACUCCACUCAGCUGUUUCGGCCACAAGACGACAAGCUGGACGAAUUCUGGGUUGAUUUUAACGUGGGCUCCGAAUGUGUGAGCUUCUUCAUUGAUGAUCCUCAGGGGUUUCUCUGGGGGUCAGUCCACAUACUGAAAGAAGAAGUGGCUCAUUAUUCUCUACAGCUUAAACAUGACGAGGUGGUCUUUACUGUCAGGCUGAACAAUCCCGUCAUACACCACAACCACAGAGGACAGACGGUCCAGCUGAGCUUCACCUGUGAACAAUACAAAGAGCUGGAGGAGGCUGUUGGGAGGGUCUUCAAGAAAGUGCAGAGCUCCACCCAUCCAGCAGACACGGAUGGUACAGUCCAGGCGUCCACGUCCACAGCCCAACGCAGCAUUCGAUUUUACAGCCGCAAGAAACCACCAAGCAAGAAUCAGCUAAAGAUUUUACCUCUGUCGUCUCCAAGCAGUGAAGAAGACUCCUGUCUGUCCGAGCCUGCAGCCAGAAACAGAGCAGAGAUCCUAUUUGACCAGAUCAGAACCUCGACCCCCACGUAUAACUAUAGCCACCUAUCAGAGGGAGUCCAACCUGUGUUAGGUGUUCUAAAGGGGGUGGAGCCACAAGUCUCAGAGGAGGAGACAGUGGAGACUGGUGGAGGAACCGGCUCUGCUUCAAAACAGGAAGUGCAGAUGAAGAGGAAAGCAUCAGAUUCAGGAUAUCUGUCAGACCAGACCAGGAGUGAACCGCCCCAGAAGAGGAAGAUGGAGGAGUCUACCUCAGCACUGACAAAACACUCACCUGAAGGGGCGGGGCCAAUUCCGGUGGAGGGUCUGUUCACUGAGGAGGUGUGGUCAGUUAAAAAGGUGCAGCCUAUGACGGAGCAGGGGGCGGACCCGGAAUCACACUUGACAUCUGACAUUACAGCCUCCUUGAAAGCCUUCAAAGGACAGCUGGAGGAGCACUUCACGAGUUGUUGGAAGGAAGUCGAAGCUGAGGUUCUUCUGUCUGUAAAAAAAAUGUUGGCAACACGUCUCCUCACUGUUUCACAGCUGUCCAUCAACACAGGUUGUUUUUGCUGCAGCAGUUUGAAAACAGCGUCACUGAUCAGCUGAAGCAGCUGGAAGAAAACUCAGCGAACCUGAACACCAUAAACACUCAGAUUCUGAACUUCUUCCAGUCCGAGAUGCAGAGAUUUGGCUCCUUCUGUGAAGAACAUCUGCAGAAGCUAAAGUCUUUGAGACAUCCACCCAGCCAAUGAAGAGGUGAAGAACUGGUCCAAACCUGCAGGAGUGGACUAUCUGUACCAGGACCAUGAUAGAUUUCACUGAUUUCUGUUUUCAGUUCUUUGUCUCACCAGAAAAGUUUCAGAACCCAAAAUAUUAAAGACAGAAAGUGACUCCAUCUUUUGUUGUAACUGCCUCAUCUGGUUACCAUGGUGACAAUGCGACAGGAUGCAGUAAGUUGAGGUAGCCACUAGAUGGAGACAAAGCCAUCCAGCAGUAAAGAGCUGUGACGAAAAGAAAGUCAGAAACUUGAACCAGAAUGGAUUAUUAUUAUUAUUAUUAUUAUUAUUAUUGGUGAAUAGGGAUU